AUGCCUCCCAAAGCGCCAUUGCCAUCCGCGGCAGCCUGGAAAUGCCCACAGUGUACAGUCAGAUCAUUCUCAACGUCUUCGAGAUGGAUGGCAGUCGGCCCAGAGCAUCCCAAAUACAUCGACGUCCCUGAACCUCCCCAGCAGACGGCACCAUACAGACCUCCCGUCAAGGGCGUCCUCCCCGUACCGCGCGACGUCUUCGCCGGCAUCGAUAGAUCCAGAACGGACGAUCAGAUCAUCGCGGACUCAACACAGUCUCCGACGCGGGCCAAGACACCAGCAAAGGGCAGUAGGGAAGAAUGGAAUGCCAAAAUGAGCGAAGUCAGGAAGCGAAACCUGCGAGAGGGAGUCCAAAGUCUACGAGCGCGGCAGCAGGUACAGCAGAGAACAGCCUCAGAACGACAGGCUCAGAAAUAUCGCGAGCGCGAAGAACUACUUCACCGGCCAGAGCGAGAUGACGAACGUCUUACCGCACCCAGCAACAACUUCGAUGUGAAGGCACUGCUAGGCAGAAAUCCAGUCCCUGACCCCACGCGCGAACAACGGAUCUUGGCGAAGAUGGAGAAUUUGGAAAGGCAUGCGGGCCAGAAGAGGGAAGAACGCAUGUCGGCGCUACAUGAUCUGUAUAUGAACGCCCGCGACUUCAUUGUCACGCCCGAACAGCUCGAUGCUGCUUUGGACAAGGCGUUUGGCACACCCGAGAAUCCGGUAACGUUUGGUACACCCAUGUACGCCGGUGACCAGACAUCAGGGCGCUCCAUCUGGGCCAAGGGCAGGCCAGAGAGGAUUUCGGACUUGCUUCAUCGCUCACAGGGAGGCCGUGGAGCCACGUCAACGGACGGAGCUACUGAUCAGAUCCAUCUCAAUGCAGAGAGGAUCAGGCGGAUUGCCGAGGCACUCACGGGUGGAAAGAUGGACACAGAGGUGCGAUAG